AUGGGCGAGUAUAUUGCAAGCCCGGACGGCCCGACAGCCUUCGGCCGUAACAUGCUGCGGAAGCACUUCAUGAUCAACCCGAGAUAUCGACCACUCAAUCACGGCUCCUUCGGCACAUUUCCUGUCCAAGUACGCGAUGCGCAACGCAAAUUGCAAGAUGAACAAGAAUCCCGGCCCGAUGUUUUCUUCGUCAUAUCGCAUGCAGAACACGUUACCGAGUCUCGCAAGGCAAUUGCAAAUUUAGUUCACGCCCCGGUCGACGAGUGCGUAUUUGUGAAAAAUGCCUCCACCGGGAUUAAUACUAUUCUCCGAAAUCUGGAUUUCAAACAGGGCGAUGUCAUCGUAUACUUUGCGACAGUAUAUAAUGCAGUGGAACAGACCUUAGAAUCAUUGAUGGAAACAACCCCGGUGCAAACGCGAAGAGUCAGCUACACUUUUCCGAUCACGCACGACGAGAUCUUGAAGAAGUUUCUGGCUGUGGUGAAGCAGACGAAAAGUGAGGGGCAGAACGUGCGGGUGGCUAUAUUUGACACGAUUGUAUCGGUUCCGGGGGUCAGGUUUCCCUUUGAAAAACUUAUCAAGGCAUGCACAAAAGAGUCAAUUUUGAGUGUUAUCGAUGGCGCACACGGCGUCGGUCAGAUUCCUUUGUAUCUUGGGGAUCUUAGCCCUGACUUUUUCGUCAGUAACUGUCACAAAUGGCUAUACACACCUCGUGGGUGUGCAUUGCUUUAUGUUCCCAAACGUAAUCAGCAUCUACUCCGAACAUCUUUUCCCACAUCUCAUGGUUAUACGUCACCUGCUGACAGGGGACGUGGGAUACACGCAGGAAAAUCCGACUUUGAAAUAUUGUUCGAAUUUGUUGCAACUGCGGAUGAUACUCCCUAUAUGUGUGUCCCCGCUGCCCUCGACUUUCGAAAACGAGUAUGUGGAGGUGAAGCCGCUAUAUAUACAUACCUACACACCAUUGCUCAAGAAGGUGGAGAUGUUGUCGCUCGAAUAUUGGGAACAGAUGUCAUGCAAGAACCUGGACUCUCCAUUCCUAUCGAACAAAGUGAUAUUCGAAGAUGCGCUAUGACAAAUGUGCGAAUGCCACUAGCUUUCAAAGACGAUAAGAACGUUAAUCGUCAUGUACCAGAUCCAUCAUCCUCUCCAUUUCCAUUGCUCAGUAUAAAGGACGCAACGCCAGUAACGGAAUGGAUGCAAGCCAAACUUAUACAGGAGUUUGAUACCUUUGCAAAAUUCUACCCACAUGGAGGAUGGUUGUGGCUUCGGCUAAGUGGGCAGAUUUAUCUUGAAAUUGAGGAUUUCGAAUGGAUUGGCCAUAUUGCGCGUAGCCUCUGUGAACGGGUUGCUUCAGGAGAAUGGCUGCACAAGUCGAGGAUUUGA